AUGCAAGCGGAGGAGCCCUGCGCCCCCGGCGCCCCUGGUGCCCCGAGAAGCCAGCGCGCACCCAGUCCCGAGCCGCGCCUGUCCAGCCAGCUGCUGCCCGAACUCUACACCUUCGUGGCGCGAGUGCUGUUCUACCUGGCUCCCGUCUACCUGGCCGGCUACCUGGGGCUCAGCAUAACCUGGCUGCUGCUCGGCGCUCUGCUGUGGAUGUGGUGGCGCAGGAACCGCCGCGGGAAGCUUGGGCGACUGGCGGCCGCCUUCGAAUUCCUAGACAACGAACGCCAGUUCAUUAGCCGCGAGCUGCGGGACCAGCACCUGCCGGCCUGGAUCCACUUCCCGGAUGUGGAGCGGGUCGAGUGGGCCAACAAGAUCAUCUGUCAGACCUGGCCCUACCUGAGCAUGAUCAUGGAAAACAAGUUCCGGGAGAAACUCGAGCCCAAGAUCCGGGAGAAGAGCAUCCACCUGAGGACCUUCACCUUCACCAAGCUCUACUUUGGACAAAAGUGCCCCCGGGUCAACGGGGUCAAGGCGCACACUAACCAGCGCAAUCGAAGACGGGUGGUCCUGGACCUGCAGAUAUGCUACAUUGGGGACUGUGAGAUCAGUGUGGAGCUGCAGAAGAUACAGGCUGGUGUGAGCGGGAUUCAGUUGCAGGGCACGCUGCGGGUCAUCCUGGAGCCCCUCCUGGUGGACAAGCCCUUCGUGGGAGCCGUGACUGUGUUCUUCCUCCAAAAGCCGCAUCUGCAGAUCAACUGGACAGGCCUGACCAACCUGUUGGAUGUGCCGGGAAUCAAUGAGGUGUCAGACAGCCUGCUGGAGGACCUCAUUGCCGCCCACCUGGUGCUGCCCAACCGUGUGACUGUGCCUGUGAAGAGGGGGCUGGAUGUGACCAACCUGCUCUUCCCUCUGCCCUGUGGAGUGCUCAGGGUCCACUUGCUGGAGGCGGAGCAGCUGGCUCAGAAGGACAGCUUCCUAGGGGUCCGAGGCAAGUCAGACCCCUACGCCAAGGUGAGCAUUGGCCUACAGCAUUUCCGGAGUAGGACCAUCUACAAGAACCUGAACCCCACCUGGAAUGAGGUAUUUGAGUUUAUAGUGUAUGAAGUCCCUGGGCAGGACCUGGAGGUGGACCUGUAUGACGAGGAUCCCGACAGGGAUGACUUCCUGGGCAGCCUGCAGAUCUGCCUCGGGGACGUCAUGGCGAACAGAGUGGUGGAUGAGUGGUUUGCCCUGCACGACACAACCAGCGGGCGGCUGCACCUGCGGCUGGAGUGGCUUUCACUGACUGCCGACCCAGAAGCUCUGGUCGAGGACCAAGGUGGCCUUUCGACUGCCAUGCUCGUGGUCUUCUUGGAGAGUGCCUGCAACCUGCCGAGAAACCCUUUUGACUACCUGAAUGGUGAAUAUCGAGCCAAAAAACUCUCCAGGUUCACCAAAAAUAAAGUCAGCAGAGACCCUUCUUCCUAUGUCAAGCUAUCUGUAGGCAAGAAGACACAGACUAGCAAGACUUGUCCCCACAGCAAGGACCCAGUGUGGAGCCAGGCGUUCUCCUUCUUUGUGUCCAACGUGGCAGCUGAGGAGCUGCAUCUGAAGGUGCUAGAUGAUGACCAGGAGUGUGCUCUGGGAGUGCUGGAGUUCCCUCUGUGCCAGAUUCUACCCUAUACAGACCUCACCCUUGAGCAGCGCUUUCAGCUGGACCACUCAGGCCUGGACAGCCUCAUCUCCAUGAGGCUGGUGCUUCGGUUCCUGCGCGUGGAAGAACGAGAGAUGGGGAGCCCAUACACAGGACCUGAAGCCCUAAAGAAAGGUCCUCUGUUCAUUAAGAAGGUGGACACCAACCAGGAUCCCAAAGCCCCAUCCCAGGGAGAGUGCCCUGCAAAUCUGCCAUGCCCUCCAGAUCCUGCUUCUGAUACCAAAGAAACCUCCAACAGCACUAUGACAGCCCCCAGUACCACUAUUGCUGCCACCGAGCCCGCGCCCCAAGAGACAGGCCCAGAGCCCGCAGGCAAGGACAGUGCCAAAGGGCUCUGUGAGCCCUUGGGGAAGAAGAAGAGUUCGGCCACCAUCUUCCUGACUGUCCCAGGCCCCCACUCUCCAGGGCCCAUCAAGUCACCCAGACCCAUGAAAUGCCCUGCCUCCCCACUCGCAUGGCCGCCCAAGAGGCUGGCUCCCAGCAUGUCCUCGCUCAACUCCCUGGCCUCCUCCUGCUUUGACCUGACAGAUAUCAGCCUCAACAUUGAAGGCGGGGAGCUCAGGCAGCGGAGGCUGGGUGAGGUUCAGCUCACCGUGCGUUACGUGUGUCUGCGGCGCUGCCUCAGCGUGCUCAUCAAUGGCUGCAGAAACCUGACACCCUGUACCAUCAGUGGAGCUGAUCCCUAUGUCCGUGUCUACUUGUUACCGGAGAGGAGGUGGGCAAGUCGUAAGAAGACCUCAGUAAAACGGAAGACCCUGGAACCCCUGUUUGAUGAGACAUUUGAAUUUUUUGUUCCCAUGGAAGAAGUAAAGAAGAGGUCACUAGAUGUCGCAGUGAAAAACAGUAGGCCACUUGGCUCACACAGAAGGAAGGAGCUAGGAAAAGUACUGAUUGACUUAUCAAAAGAGGAUCUGAUUAAGGGCUUCUCACGAUGGUACGAGCUGACUCCAGAUGGACAGCCCAGAAGUUGA